UGCUUGAGAUUAAAAUAAUAAACGCUGUAGGGCAAGACGUGGACAUGUGAGCAGGGAAUUGAGAAGGCGGUCUUGUGCUGACUAAUCAGCGACCUGGAGAUGAUGGAUUUCGCCCGGCCAUGGGCAACUUGUACCGCAACCAACUUCUGGCGCAACCUCCCCGAGUCCUCCAACGGCCGGGUAUCCUUUAUACUGGAGAACAGCGUUUCGAAUCCUGAAAGAAUACUGUUGAGAUAGUACAAAGAUACGAUUUACCAAAGAGCUUGGGUUGAAGGGAGGGUCUACUUAGGCUCCAGGGCCUAUCGUAUCAGCCCGUCUUCUACGACGGAGACCGCUGGGAUAGCCAACGACAGGCUUAACGAAAUACAUUUCCCUAAGCUCUCUUCCACUUUACUUUGCUCUCCUUCCCUGCGGAUAGAGUUACGUUUCCUUGUGCUCUAUACCAGUCAGCCAUGUCGAAUCAGCAGGUGGUGAGUGUCUCUCGAGCAGCCCUGCCUUGCCUGAGCGGCUCUUGAGUUUCAGCCAUCGCUCAUCUUCCCUGCCUCCCUGUUAUUUCUUUUCUCUGUUUCUCCUCUCCCAUAAUUUUGUUGAAGAACGGUAGCUUAUACAAGGUUCUCUUUGUUUCAUGGGAACAGGGCAUGGUUUUUGACCGUGUCAUCCAGGAGGUGUGCGAUGCCUCUCAAGUCGAUUUCGAGGAGAGCGGUGUCGACCAGCAGACGCUCAUUGACCUGCGCAAGAGCUGGCAGAAGAAACUCUCCUCUCUUGGCGUCGCCCAUUUCCCCUGGGAUCCCCCUCCCCCACAGCCCACACCCCCUCCAAACCAGACCCCUGUCCUUCAUUCCUCCGCUACCGUCCCUUCUAACGCCCCCAGACCGAUCCCUCAUUCCCAGGCGGAGCAACAUGUUCCAUCUCAAGCUCUGCCGCAUUCGCUUCCUGUUACUGUUCCGUCUCUGCAGGCCCCUAUUUCCGCGGGAACUGCGGGGCCCACUUCCCAAGGCCCACGCAUCAAGACGGAACCUGAUACCAACGACCAUUCCGGGUUACCGGUCGUGAACGGCAUGAUACCUGCGCACUCGUCCAGUUCUCAGUCCGCACGAGAGCGUGCUGCCACUAUGCUUCAUCAGAGGUAUGGCGCUGCUGCUGCGAACUCCGUCAGUCAGCUCCAGGCUCAGUCACAUAUGACUUUGGGGCUUCCCGGACAUCAACAGCAGCGUCCACAGGGCUCUCAUGUUCCAAAUGGCCAGGGACCGAUUACUCAUCAGCACCAUCAACCUCCCAUGAACAAGACGCAAACGGACGGCGCGGGUGAUGACCCACUGUCGGAAUGGAAGGCGGAGGUUAUGCGCCGGAGACAGGCUGCUGAGCGCCAAAACAGUGAAGGUGAUCAACUUAUUCGGGAGCAGAUUAGACUGCAGAUGCUGCGACUCGAAGGUGGUGGCCUUCUUCGCCCUCUCGACGAACACCAAUCGCCUAGAUUGGCCAGCCGUCACGUCGGCCCAUCUUAUCCGAAUCAGACUGCUAUAACAGCGACUUCAUUGGAUCAAUUGCCCGGUUGUGAACCAACCGUAGGUAAACUACGGGCCCAGUUUGACGGAGCAGACGACAACGACGUUAAAGCCGAAGAUGAUGAAGAUGCCAUUAACUCAGACCUUGAUGACCCUGACGACCCUAUAAAUGAGGAACAUGAAGGAGACGAUGCUGUUGGGCAGGUGAUGCUUUGCACCUAUGACAAAGUACAGAGGGUGAAGAACAAAUGGAAGUGCACCUUGAAGGACGGUAUCCUGACCACUGGAGGCAGAGAAUACGUCUUUCACAAAGCCCAAGGCGAGUUCGAGUGGUAGAUCUAAACUUUGCAGAUCGGCAAGCCCAGCAGCUUCUUCCUAUUUUCUUUGCGCCCCGGCCCAUUACUGCGGAUUUGUAACAUUUUUGCUUUGCGGUGUAACAUCUCAUGCAGGAAAAGACGAAAUGGAAAGAAAUAAAAACGAAAAGAAGGGUUAUUGCACUUAUUGCCAGAUAAUUGGUACAAAUAAUGCUUUCUAUUUUUCUUUGCAUCCGUCUGCUCGUUCUCAGGUUAUUGGUGUUUUCCAUUCCUUUAUCCUUAAUUCCUGGAAACUGCUGGCAACACAGAAUAUCUCAUCAGACCAAAUUGCCAGUCUUGUUGGUCUCUUUCCGUCAGCUUCAUUCUUUCUGCGGAUUUGUUCUUUUCUCUUUUCAUUUGGCUGGUGUUGGUUGGGAUGGAUGGAACUGAAUUGAAGCAGCACACAGUGAAAUUGUCUUCCUUCUGCCCCUUGAUUUUGACGCUUGUUUCUGCUCAGUCUACGCAUGUACUCUUAAGCUACCUAGACUAAAGUAUAUCCAAUGUGAUUUGACGGAGUUGGGC